AUGGCGGCGUCAGGUAAGAAGAAGAAUAAGAAGGGGAAGACCCUCACUCUGACUGACUUCUUGGCAGAGGACAGUGGAGGCAGCGGUGUGGCCCCCAGCUACCCGACUAAGUCCACUAGCUGGGCCGAUGAGACCGACGACCUGGACGGAGAUGUCUCAACUUCGUGGCACACGGAGGAGGAUACGUACCGGGCACCGCCCAUUGACCGCUCGAUCCUGCCCACAGCACCUCGCUCAGCCCGUGAACCCAACAUCGACCGGUCCCGACUGCCCCGCAGCCCGCCGUACACAGCCUUCCUAGGGAACCUACCCUAUGAAGUCACUGAAGACUCGAUCAAAGACUUCUUCCGCGGCCUGGCAAUCAGUGCAGUGCGUCUGCCUCGAGAGCCCAGUAACCCAGAGAGGCUGAAGGGCUUUGGCUAUGCUGAAUUUGAUGAUGUGGACUCCCUCUUGAGGGCCCUCAGUCUCAAUGAGGAGAACUUGGGAAACCGAAGGAUCCGUGUGGAUAUUGCAGACCAGUCUAAUGAUAAAGAGAGAGACAGUGGUCCUAUGGGAGGCCGAGACAGGGGUGGACGGAUGGCAGACAUGGGUCCUGACAAGACAGACAGUGACUGGAGAGCUCGGCCAAGUGCGGACAACGAUGAUGGACCUCCCAGGAGGGAUGAUGCCUUUGGAGAGAGAUCACGGGACCGUUACGAGUCAGAUCGUUACAGAGAUGGACCACGGCGGGACGGUGAUCGUUAUGACGGAGGAAGAGAGCGCUAUCGGGAUCGCUAUGACGAAAGGGAUCGCAGAGACUAUGACAGAGGAGGUUAUGACUCUCGUGGUGGAGGAGGUCGUCGUGCCUUUGGCAGUGGCUUCCGCCGUGAUUAUGAUGACAGUCGGGGUAGCAAUGAUCGUUAUGGGGACAGGGAUCGUUACGGCGACCGUGAAGACCGGUACGAGAGACGGGAUGAGAGGCGUGAAGAGAGAGCUCCUCAACAGAGACCCAAGCUGAACCUGAAACCCCGUAGCGUGCCCAAGGAGGAGGAAGGUAGUGGUGGUGGCGGCGGUGGUGGCGGUGGCGGUGGCAGUGGCGGUGGUACUUCCCCCGCUGCAGCUCCAACUUCCAGCAGCAGGGCCUCAUCCAUCUUUGGUGGGGCCAAGCCAGUUGAUACAGCAGCCAAGGAGAGGGAGGUAGAGGAGAGGCUGAAGAAAGAGGAAGAGAGACUGCAAAGGCAGCUGGAGGAGGACAAAGGCCGGGGACCCGACAGAAAGAUGCGGGACAGGGACCCUAGCUGGCGCAAUGAGGAAUCUCAUACUGAGCGAUCUCGCACAGGAAGUGAGUCUUCACAGCCAGGAAGCACUUCUGGAAGGGGGUCCCGGUGUCGAGAUAGCGAGCGCUCCGGGGAGAAUGAGGUUUUCAGUGGGAGAGAAGGUGAACCUUCCUCCCCUGGGCCAUCCUCACGCCCCCCUUCUACCAGCUCCUCCAAGGAGCCACUGAAAGUGAUGCCUGCACCUCCUCCCAAGGAGAAUGCCUGGGCCAAGAGAAGUGCAGUCAGCACAGGCUCUAGUGAGGGUGAUGGACGACCUCCAGUGUCUCCUGUCUCCCCAGGUGGUUCAGCUCCUCCCAAGCUCAGCUCUUCAAGUUCUGCAGAUGAAAGAGGAUCUGGAAAGGAUGAGAACAAGGCUGACGGUGUGCGUCGGGACCGGGGGCCCCCACGGGCACGAGGGGGGCCUACAGGGCCUGGAGCAGGGCGGGGUCGAGGAGAGGGGCCCAACAGAGACCGAAGAAAGGAGGCAGACAGAAAGGAUAACAGAAGAGACCGAGACUCCAGACCACCUCCAGAGCCAAAGAAAUACGAAGAAACCCCAACCCCCAAGUUCAGCUCAGCCAGUAAGUACGCCGCUUUGCUAAUGGAUGGAGACCAAGGAGAAGACGCUGAGGACGUCGAAUAGAGAGAAAUUAACGAGACAGGGCCCAGAAGCGCAAGAAGAGGAGAAAACAAUGAAUGCAGAACAAAAUAAUCUCACAUAGUUUAUGAAAAAUCUUGUCACACAGAAGAGGCUCCUGGGAGGACAUAACUCCCUCCGUUCUUUCCUCCUACAAACCUGUCCUUUAUUUUCACCCCCACCCCCACCCCCUC